CUAGUGCCCCGCUUUCCCUGAACAGUGGGCAAGGUGAGCGUCUCCCGCCGGGCCCUUUCCCUCCCCCCGCAAGCCGGGCGCAGCCAGGGCUUCUGUAAAGAGGUCAGGGCUCGCUUCGCCGCGGGGCGCACGCGGGUUCCUGCACAGGUGUGGCGGCUGAUGGUGGGGAUGUGCGUGGAGCCGGCUCGCCGGCCUCCCCCCAACCCCCACCCUCCGGCGGCGUUUCCGCUUCUCCUUCCUGCUGCUCAUUUAUUCUCCUCUUCUGGGUGUGUGACAGCGGUGUGCGGACCGAGGAAGGACAGAGCGCCCUCUCCCCUGCUCCCCGCGCCGCUCUCGGGUAAUGCGCUGCCUGCGCCUCGCCGCCGCACUGUGGCCGGGCUCGGACGCCUCCGGACAGCUGAGUCUCGAGGGACGGUGAAGCGCUGGCCGGCGUCGGGGCCCUUGCUGGGGGUCGGGCGGGAGCAGGCGAACCGGAGCGAGAUGGAGGCGGCGAGAGAAGGCGCGGAGUAGCCGGCGGACCCCCGGGCUCGCACCUCCCACGGCAAUCCGCGGGGGCGCGGCGGGCGGGGUCCCCGGGACUGCCAUGGCGGUGCCCAACGUCAAGGACUUCCAGUGGAAGCGCCUGGCGCCACUGCCCAGCCGCCGGGUCUACUGCUCCCUGCUGGAAACCGGGGGGCAGGUGUAUGCCAUCGGGGGAUGUGACGACAACGGCGUCCCCGUGGACUGCUUUGAGGUCUACUCCCCCGAGGCCGACCAGUGGACCGACCUGCGCCCCCUGCCCACAGCCCGGGCCGGGGUGGCUGUCACCGCCCUGGGGAAGCGGAUCAUGGUGAUCGGGGGUGUGGGCACCAGUCAGCUGCCUCUGAAGGUCGUGGAGAUGUACAACAUCGAUGAAGGCAAGUGGAAGAAGAGAAGCAUGCUGCGCGAGGCCGCCAUGGGCAUUUCUGUCACGGCCAAAGGGGGACGACAGUCCAAGUACGCGGUCAACGCCUUCGAGGUCUUUGACAUCGAGACUCGCUCCUGGACCAAGUUCCCCAACAUUCCCUGCAAGCGGGCCUUCUCCAGCUUUGUGACCUUAGACGACCGCUUGUACAGCCUGGGUGGCCUGCGGCAGGGUCGGCUCUACCAGCAGCCCAAGUUCCUCCGGACGAUGGACGUGUUCGACAUGGAACAGGGGGGAUGGCUGAAGAUGGAGCGCUCAUUCUUCCUUAAGAAGCGGCGGGCAGACUUUGUGGCCGGCUCUCUGAGUGGACGGGUCAUAGUGGCUGGAGGACUUGGGAACCAACCCACUGUCCUGGAGACGGCAGAGGCGUUCCACCCGGGGAAGAACAAGUGGGAGGUCCUCCCCGCCAUGCCCACACCCCGCUGUGCCUGCUCCAGCAUCGUUGUCAAGAACUGCCUCCUAGCCGUGGGGGGCGUCAACCAGGGUCUGAGCGAUGCGGUGGAAGCCCUAUGUGUCUCUGACUCCUAGCUGGCUCUGGGUCCAGCCACCAUGUCCUGGACCGGAUCACCCCACUCUGGACAAGAGGAGUGAUCUCAUCAAAGUAGUUUGGGCUGCUUCCCCGGAUGCCAGUUCCUGUCAGCAGCCAGUGGGGUUAGGCCAUAGGGCUCUAAGUGACCUCUCCACCUCCAAACCCUACCAAUCCGAGAAAAUUGUAAGAAGUCUCAAUGACUCUGCCAUCCCCCUUCCCCUGUUGGGGCUCAGGUGACUUCUGGGGAGAGUUCUCACUUACUGCUCAGGCAGAGAAAGGUAGGUAGCAGGAGUAUAUGCUACCUCCCUUCCUGUGGGUUUACCUCUCCCAUCUCCAGGAUAGGGGGUACGCAGGGCAGUUCUGACCCAGAGGAUAGCUACUUGUAGCUGUCCUUUCCCUGGAUCUGCGCUAGUCUGAAGGUCUCUUGGGAUGGAAGAUGGAGAAGGGUUACAGGGGUCCCAACCCCUAUUCUCUCCAUUGGUCUACAUCCCUUCCCCCUUUGGUGGCCAACUGUGGGCCUGCCCUGGACCUCAUCUACUCAGCAAGAAUUGGCCCUGAGGCUGGAGGCGGCUGACUUGGAAGGGGAGUCGGGUUCACGUGCACUGGUCCAGGUCAGAAGCCCUGGCCAGGAAGGACCCAUGCCUCUCGGGGUCCUGAUGGGAAUGUAAUGACGGGAAUGGAGCAGACUCCCAGCCCAGGGUCUGCUCCCCACUCUUCUCCUCACUUCAUUUCUCCUUCGGUCACCCCUCCCCACCAGAGGCACCAGAGGCACCCCUCCCCUUUGUCACCGACAGCCCCAGAGUGUUUCUGUGUGAAACCUUCUUAUUGACACUGUGGCAUCAAAAUCCACAAAGGAUGGAUUAAUUGCACUCUGGUUAACAGCAGCAGCACAAUGAUUAAAAUCUAUAUUCCUAUCUUCUCUGGCACCCUGAUGCAGGGGUGGGGUGGACGGUGUCUUGAUAUGCGGAGGGGACCGCAUGAAACAGUCCCUCUGACAUUCUCAGGCUAAACGGGGCCCCAAGGGACCACUUGUUCUUGGCUGUUCCUUCUGAGGUGGUUCCACCUUCAAACCACCCUGCCCUGACCAGUCACCUCACUCCUAGGAAAACAGCCCACUUCCCGUCUCCUGCACGUUGACGCCCCACAGGCGUGUUGGGAAAAGGCUGCACUCGUUGACUGACUUCUUCGUUGGGUUACGUCUUGUGACUGGCCUCAGUUCAUUCAGCUCCAGCUCAUUUCUGUCUUGCCCACAGUAGAAAGGGAAUUGCUCACUAAUGUAAAAACGUGAAGGACGUGCCUCCUUUUAGC